AAAGGUGUAGAAAAGGUGUCGCGGCGGAGCAUUACCAAAUUAAGAGCGAACGAGAUCACAGGCGAGGAGAACAAUAGACAGGGAUAGUGCGCGGCUCAUGUCAUUAUUGCUUGGAGGAUGGAGGGAUGGCUUAGUGUACAAUGUAUGUAUGUAAGCAAGCUCUGGUGUGUACGAUCCGCUUGUUCACUCGCGUCGUCUGCCUCUGCCGUCUGACUUACUUGCGUUCGUCUUGCUUGGUAUCAUCAGUGCGCCGUUGCGGUGCCGGGAGAGAGCAUUUUUGGACGUGGAGGGGGGGAGGGGGCUAGCUGGAGGUGCGAUGUGAGGUUACAUUUUUGGUUUGGUACGUUGGGCUUCAGAGCGGCGCAGUGCAGAGCGCGGCAGGUUCGCAGCAGGGUAGUGCCAGAGCGAGAGCAGAGGAGAACGUGUGCUCUGUGGGGCGGUCUGUGUGAGGCUCUGCGAGGGCCGUGCCUGUUGCUUGCCCCCCCACCCCUCCUAUCGUUCUCUGGCUGGGUUCGUCAUGGGUGAGCGAAGUGAGUUGGAGGAAUGUUGUCAUAGCCAUGGUUCCUUCGUCUGCUGUAGGUUUUGAUGUGCGUAAAGGAGGGUAUGAUAGUGGUGGGAAUCUGGGAGGUGGGAAACAGCAUGGCUUCGCGACAGAUCCUGCAUUGUUGUUUUGAUAGCUACUGAGGGUAAGGGGAGAGUCUAAGAAGGAGGCCUAGGGGGGUUGCGAGUGUGGAAGCGCCUUUUUGUGGAUUGUCCGUGGCGGCUCUGAAUAACAAUCCGACAGGGAUGAGGGGGAGCAAGGGGGUGUCCGCGCAUCAGCUUAGCAAUGGGUUGUUUGUAUCGGGGCAGCCGGAUCGGGGUAGGGAUAAGGGGUCGAUCAUGGGUGUGCCGCAAAUGCCCUACACGGGUGGUGACAUCAAGAAGUCGGGGGAGCUAGGAAAAAUGCUCAACAUUCCGGUGGAAUCGACUGCGUCAGCCAAAGCUGGGGGACGGAGGUCUGGCGGGCCGCUCACCGGCUCCUCGUCGCAGCGGUCAUCCAACACAGGUGCAGCGUCGUCUACUCAUUCUGGCCCGCUUCCUGGUAAUGGGACCGCUCGCAAUGCAUUUUCAUCGUCGGGUCCUUUGAACUCAUCCGGCACGCCAGCGCCCUGGGUUCCGGGGAAAUCUGCGGGCACCUUCUCGGGUCCAUUCAUGGGAGCUGCUACUCAAGCACAGCAGCAGCAUGGUCAUGGUAGUACUGGGGGUUCUCAAUCCGGGCCAUUGGGACGCAGUGCAGACUUGAGCGGCAAAGUUGGUGUAACGGUGGCGAAGCCCGUGUCAGGGCCUUUGCAAGUAUCCAAUUCUCUGAAAACGUCGGGGCCGCAGCAACAGGCACCAGUGCUUCCAGCUACAGGCCUCAUUACUUCGGGUCCUAUUAUAACGUCUGGCCCAUUGACAUCCACAGGCGCUCCGCGGAAAGGUCCCUUGUCUGGACCGCAAGACGCUUCGGCGUCGAUCUUAGCAGCAGGGGGCGGUUCAGUGAAGGUUGGGGAGAGUGGCCGUCCUAGCGGCAACUCCCUUGCCAUUAACAGCUUAAGCAACGCCCAUGAGUAUUCUUUUCCGAAAAACUUUCCACGAAUGAUCAUAUACACCCUCAUACCUUUAUUCGUCAUCGGUUUCAUUGCGGGAGCCUUUAUAUUUGCGGCUGUCAAGAACGCCAUUCUUCUCUUUGUAGUGGCUGCGCUGUUUGGCGUGGUGGUAAUUCUUCUUGCAUGGAACACUUUUUGGGGUAAGCAGGCCAUUUACGGAUUUAUGGCUAAAUUUCCCCAUUCUGACCUUUCCACAGCUAAAGAUGGUCAAUUGGUGAAGAUAACAGGGGUUGUGACCUGUGGAAGUGUUCCGCUGGAGUCAUCUUAUCAGAAGAUAUCCCGAUGUGUAUAUACAUCUACGGGUCUCUUCGAGUAUCGACAUUAUUCUUCCAAGAAAGCUAGUGAGAAACAUCGGCGGUUUACUUGGGGACUGCGGCAUGGAGAGAGAUAUGUCGUAGAUUUCUACAUUUCCGAUUUUCAGACAGGUCUUAGAGCCCUGGUGAAAGCUGGCUAUGGAGCUCGGGUGAUUUCUUAUGUUGACGAAAGUCCAAUUUUAGAUCUCCUUCCAUCGAUUAAGGAGUUUCCAACUGAUUUCUUGCGAUGGUUGACUGAGCGAAACCUUUCUGCUGAUGGUCGUGUAAUGCGACUUAAAGAAGGUUAUGUUAAGGAAGGGAGCACAGUGACGGUGAUGGGUGUUGUUCAAAGGCAUGAGAAUAUUUUGAUGUUGGUAUCACCCCCUGAUCCCAUGUCAACGGGUUGCCAGUGGUCAAAAUUCAUACUACCAGCCACUUUAGAGGGUAUUAUCUUGAGAAGUGAAGAACCUUCUAAGGCGGAUGGGAUACCUGUGUAAUGAAGUUUUGGUCUUCAAGAGAAAGUUUUUUGUUAUUGCUUAUCGGACCUUUUGUGAAGUAUCGGCAAGAGUAUGCGAGGCAUGAAGUUUAAGUAGGUUAGAUUACCAGCGCACGUGGAUCACCUAAGUUAAAUACAUACCCUGAAAGAUAUGGGGUCAAGAGUGAUCGAAUCUACCGAUACUGCUCAGUCCUGGAGUAAUUCUUUGAUCUUUCUGCGGAGCCCAAGCUAUGCACUUUCAUUCCUCGCGGUAGUGGCACGAAGAGGUACCAGUCAUUGUCAUUGCAUGUUGUUGGAAGUGGAUCAAUGGUUCCAAUUAUUUUCUUAGCUGGUGUAGCUUCUAAGCCUAUUGCCAAGGUUCUGUGAUAAGUCGGGAUAUGAGUAGCUGUCAUGAGCAAGUCGUGACGUUUAGGCAACCUUCAUAACGUAGUGGCUACGAACAUUGACUAAAAUCUAGUUGCACAGAGGGGGAACCUAGUGUUGGUAUACACCGUUGAUGCAGAACGAUGUGUUGCCUUGAUCCUGCCUUUGCUGUACAUAAGGUAGUAGUGGUAGUAGUACGAUGUACUCCAUGGCUUCUAUUGACUUUUGGACUAACAAGGAGCCUUUGUAGUCUACCUGCAAUGUAAUUUUUGUUGGCGGCAGUUUGCCAUUUGUAUUGGAUGGUCCAGAGGUCUAGAUCAACCUCAUCUUUUAGGAGGGAUGAUCUCGAGUUGGAGACGUUCGGCGAAAGAUCUUAACAUUUUGGUGUU